AUAACACUUAUAGUAGUGUCAGUAAAGCUUUGACUCUGACAGAGAGAGAGAGAGAGAGAGAGAGAGAGAGAGAGAUUUCUGAAUGAUUCCACAUGCUGAAUGAAUUCAGUGACACUCUCAGUGAACGGGACGCAGCGGCGCUUUUCUCUUCUCGGUUUGGGAAGGAAGGACUCACUACAGCCGGUGCAGCAUGUGAAAGUCCGACACAGGCGACUUUCUCCUCUUUUCUUUUUACACAUUUUGCAGCCAGUCUCUGAUCAUUAAGCAAUUCCACCUCAUUGCUUUCUUCACUGAAAUGCCGUCAUGCCCCGCGUGAAUGUCAGCUGGAUUAUUACGGUGCUCGCGGUGGAGCUCGCGACACUGUCCGCCGCGCACGCUCACAGCUGUCACGAGGUGAAAACGGCGUUUCAGGUGCGUCAGAUCGGCCAGCUCAAAUGGGUGCCGGAAACACCUGCCAUAGAUGUGGACCUGUCGAUAUGCAAGCACGCUGGGCCAUCAUGUUGUACGCGAAGAAUGGAAGAAAGCUACAGAGCAGCAGUCCUGAGAGACACCACCCAGAACAUCAGAUCAUACAGCUUUGAGCUGAAAUAUCUAAUUUCUGCACAUGCCGCUGCCUUUCAGGGUACACAGAUGCAUGCAUGGAUGGGAGAUACUAAGAAAGGAAUCGCAGGAUUAAAGAGACAUUGGAAAGGGGAUGUGGAGUCGCAGUCGGUGGAUAAGGUAUGUGGUCACUCUUCAAAUGCUUCUUCAACCACAGUCAGGACGUUUCCUCUGACUCCAGUCACCCCUCCACCUGCCAACAGCUCACAGGACGUUCCAGGAGCCGAUAAGAUCGGCAUGUUGGCGCACCUUCACAGUUCACUCCCUCUGAAAACCUCCAAGAGCGAUAGAGGUAGAACUCUGAAAAAGGUUGCACGGGAGUUUACAGAGUAUAUCUCCCGGUAUAAGUCUUUCUUCUCCAUACUUCCGGAGACGUUGUGCGAGGGAGAGAUGGGCGUCGACGAGCUCACGUGUUGGAGUGGAGAUGACGUAGUCAAAAGUUAUACUGCAAGAGUGGUGGGCAAUGGAGUUCGUGCUCAAAGUCAGAAUCCAGAAGUAAGAGUCAGAGGUGCUGACCCUGUGCUUAUGGAUGUCAAAAACAAACUCGAGCUCUUCAACACGGAAAUCCAAGAGAUCAUGCCUGGUGUGGGUCACAGGGAGUCCUGGAACGAGACAGGCAGUGGAGAGAGCAGUGGUGAAUGUGAUGAUGAGGACGGUUGUGAAGGUUCUGGAGAGUCUGUGGCAUCUCCCACUCUCACCAAAGCUGAUGUAUCCAAAAAAGCAGUGACGGUCUCCUUCCACGACUCGCCCAUCAUCCAGAAUACAUCUUCGUCAGAUGCUUCUCUUUCCAUGGCCAGCUUCAUCAUCAUCAUCCUCGCUCUGGGGCUGCACUGGCCCUUCAUCUGAAGGCCACAAGCGCAUACACACACAAUGAUCACAUGCACACACGGGUGAACAUCAUGAAGAAAUGUCAGGGUCUCAUUUCCCCCAAAAA